AUGGAAACCAUUGCUAUAAAUAUUUCCGAACUAUUUACUGAAAGAGAUCCAAAAUUGUAUAUAAAGGCACUAAAAAAAAUUACUAACACUUUGAAAAAUGCAGGAAAUAUACAAUUUCCCAGUAAUUUGACGCUGUGUCUACUUUCCAAGUUCUCAGAAUCAAUCUCCAAUAUUGAUUAUCCCAACCAUAAAUUGGUUUGUAAAGAUUUUUUAUACUUUUUUACAAUCUACUUAAAAAAUUGCCCGUUGUCAACUUAUAAGGACUACUUCAUUUCCCUAGUGUCCCAAGGCCUUAGACUAUCAGACCAUCUUAAUAAGGUUAAACCAAUCGCAUCAGUUGAUAUUACUUUAUUGGUUGAUUAUUUUGCAUCAAUUUUUACAGUCUUUAAAGGUAAGAUAAAGGUUGAAAAUGCAACAAAUGGUGAAAUUUCUGUGGAAGGAUCUAUUGUCGGCGCUACAAUACACUCUCUACUUCAGUUUAUCGAUGAUGGAGUUAAAAAUCCAAAUUGCUUCAGCAUUUUGAAUAACAUAUCAGAAAGUAUAGAUAGACAAAUUGCUAUAAAUUAUUACCCGGGUAUUUGCUCCCGUUUGGGCAGAUUCAUCAUCAAGUCCACAAAUGAUCUAACAAAAGUUUAUGCUUUGGAAUCUCUUGGUUUUUGGGUCACAAAAGUGAUAGACUCAUCGAGAUACAAAUUAAAAUUGAAGGAUAAGAUUAAUGCUUUACAUAAUUCCACAGAUUACCCAGUGGAAUUUGCCAUCAUCACAAAAAACGACACAAAUUUGGUGGAACUAAUCAUAAACACUAACAGCAUCUUACAGUCAAUUGUCAGGAUAAAAUCUAAUAAUCCCAACGUCAUAAUUGCAUUCAUAAAAUUUUAUGGACAAAUACUGGAAAAGUGCAAUCAUUUUAUUUCAAAGACAUUGCAUAGUAAUAUUGUAACAUAUUUAUUAUCUAAUUGUAAACACUAUAACGAAGCCGCAAAGAUAUUACAAUCGGAUAAUCAUAACAUAGUAGUGAGUAGGGAUGUUGUCGGUCGUUCAAUGGCAAAUGACGACUUUAUUGCUUCAAUCGACUUGUUUCAGGGAUAUCAUCAUUUAACUCAAAGUGAUAUUAUUCGAUUGGACACAUACGUAGUUUUCAAUUGGAUACUAAAAUUGUCGGAACAACAAUUCUUUGGAAUAAAUUACAGUGAUACAAGUUCAAUUGACAAAUUCUUCAAAUAUGGUAGGGAGGUAUCCAGUGUUAUUACUAAUUACUACAAAUGGCAUUUGAAUGAUGCCCAAAAGUAUGAAAUUGUAGAAUCACUUUCUGAAUCAUUAAUUACCCAUGUUAUUGGACAAAAUACGCAAUCAUGCACAUCAAAAUGGCUUGCGAAUCUAAAUAAUUUUCGCACAAGUUCAUUACAAAUUGAACUACAGCCAUCAAUUCUCAUCCCUUCAAUAGCAAAUAUAGGGUUUUUGAUUGAAUCUUUGGAUAAAAUGCCAUCAUUAAACGGCAUUGUUACAAGUUUUAGAGCUUUUUUGCACAUUAUAUCUGCUAAGAACUAUCUAGAUAAUGAAGAUAAGUUACUGCUGUGUAACAUUUAUUGGACAUUGAAUAAGUGUAUCAAACACAAACUACAACUAAUGGACUGCGGCAUACAUUCGUUAUUAUUUGAUACAAUACAUCUAACAUGCUCAAAUACGGAUAUAUCAUCUUAUUUGCUAGAGUUUAUGAAUAGCUUCUACGGAGAUAUAAUUCCCCUGUUAUCCAAGUAUUCAGGCCACCUAACCAAUACGUGUAGGGCAAUUAUCGUAUCCUAUGACAUUGAAAAACAAGAAAACAAUUACAAUCUGUUAAAGGCAAAAAAUGUGAUUGGUUUUAUUGGUAAAUUUGGGUUAGAACAAGGUAAUACUGCAUUAUCUCAACUCGCAUUGGAUAUUUUGAACAUACCCAUAUAUCUCAGACAAUCAAAUGAAAACAGCUUGGUUAAACCACUGAUUAGUGAUAAUAGUAUAAUGGAAUGUGAUGAAGAAUUCGUUAUUACGGUAUUAACUAGUAUACUACUUUCAUUCCAGAAAGAAAUUUCCAGGUCACGGGAUUGCAGAAAGGCAAUUGCAAACGACCUUUUAAGUAGAGACAUUAAGGAUUGCGUGUGCGAUGAUGACGUUGCAGCUAUUCCAGAAGAUAUAUUACAGCCACUUAUUCCCAUAGAUUCUCUGGGGAAGUUUGGUCUAUACAGAAGAGUAGCAACUUCAGUUGUCGCUAGGGCUAGGCAUGCAAUGCUACUAAUAGAAAGUAGAUACAACUUAGCCUGCAAAGCAAGCAUGGUUGUAUUGUUGAGCUUAUACAUACUAUCAACAGAUACUAGUGAAUUGCUACCUAGAAUUUCAGAGAUCUUCCCUAUGGUACUCAAGAAUAUUAAUUCAUCGAUAGUAUUAAGUGCCUAUGCCAUUGUGAUACUAAAAUAUUGCAAUUUGGUAGCAUCAGAGUUUGUAAAACACAAGCAAAAUGACAUUGUAAAUCAAAUUUACCAGAGAUUAGUACGUUCGGAAUUGGCAGGUGAAGCUGAUGAAAGACACUUGUCCAGCAGGUUCAUUUUCCAAUCUUUUGCUUUGGAAUAUCUUGUCAUAAUUACUGAGACUAAACAAUUUUGCUUGCAAACAAUUUUUCAAAUUGCCCUACUAUUCAGUCAAAAUGAUGCUGCCCCUAAACUUAAGGAAUUAAAUAGAAAGCUUUGGGUAAAUCUGAAGGAUAUAUCUCCAAAUCACGUUUUAUUGUUAAUGAGGUGUAUAAUAGAUGAGAAUUUAGCUAGUAGGGAUAUCUUGUUGGGGGAAAUACUGGGAAAUUAUCAUCAUAUAAAAAUAGACAACCUGCACACCGAGAUGUUAGUGGAGAUAGAAUCCAUUGAACCCAAAAUUGCACUUAAAAUUUUCAGUAGUUUUCCAUUGAAACAAAUACCCCUUGAAAAUUUGACAAAUGGUGGUUUUGUAUACUAA